AUGACCAACGCCACGAGCUGUGAUUGCGCGGCCCUGGCCGCCGAAUGCAAGCUGAUGCAGUACGUCGUGGUGUUCUGCGUCCUCGGCUUGCUGUCCGUCGUGCUGAUCAGCUGCCUGUGGCAGCUGACUAAGGAUAUAACAUCUCCGUUUCGAGUUGCCGACGGAGCUAGCGUCAACACCAAUCAUCUGACCGUUCCGACAACUUCGCGGCGUAAGCAGCGUCAGCAGAAGCCAGAAGACUCUUCGAUCUCUAUGAAU